UAUUUCAAGUCAGUGUUAAUAAUUAGCGAUUAUGAGAGGGUCGUCGUAAUUCUUGCGAUCCGCAUCGUCCUCGGAACGUCGGUCGUGUGUCUCGCGACGAUCUCCAACGCCAUCAACAUGGCCGUCUUCGCGCGGCAAGGGUUGGACAGCUCCAUGAACCUGACCUUCUUCUCCCUGUCCGCGUGCAACCUCGUCUCGGCGUUGUUAAUCCUGUGGAUGAACGUCAACGCAUCGCUGGUCUUGUUCGGCGGAAACCUGCCCGCUGGACUCAACGACGUCGUCUACCUGACGGGCGGGUGGCCCACGGCCUGCAUCUUCAGGACCGCCAGCUGGAUCACCGCGUACAUCACGGCCGAGAGAUGCGCGUGCGUGGCGUUCCCGUUGACGGUCAAGCGCGUCAUCACGCCUUUCAGAACCGCCGGGGCGCUGGCUACGCUGGCCGCGGUGAAUGUCGCGGCUCUGGCACCCGUGUACGCCUCCGCUUACUUCGACCGGAAGUUCAACGCUGAAACGAACUCGACGUCCGUCGUGUUGGCAUUCGGCUCGAACCGGGACUUUAACGAAGGGGUCGCGUUUAUUCUCCACGCGUGUUUGAUAGCGACCUCCCUCGUCCUCCUGGCGGCGUUCACCUGUGCUUUGAUUGGACAGCUUGAACGGAGCUCGAGGUGGCGCAAGGAUACAUCGUUCAACGUGAAACAGGUCGAAACGAUGUCCGUUAAGCAAAAGAGAACCAUCGCCCUGGUCAUCGUCGUGGCCUGCGUGAUGAUCGCCUGCUACUCGCCCCUGGUGACGCUUUCGGUGGUGGAGAUUUUCGUCGACGACUUCAGAGAGUCGGGGACAUACGGCAACAUCUAUAAAAUCAGCUGGGCCGCUUCGUUUGUCCUCGGCGCGGUCAGCAGCAGUGUCAACAUACUGUUUUAUUAUAAGAUGAGUUCCAGGUACAGGGACGCGUUUCGAGAGCUUUUC